AUGGCUGCCUUCCCCGUGAUGCUCAGCCUGACGCUGACCACGCUCUUCGGGAACGCCAUCGCCUUCGCCACCGGGGUGCUCUACGGCCUCUCCGCGCUGGGCAAGAAGGGAGAUGCCAUUUCCUAUGCUCGGAUCCACCAGCAGCAGAAGCAAAUGGAUGAAGAGAAGCUCACAGGGGCUGUGGAGGGACAGGCUCUCUGA